CAUGUCGCUCCUGCGCAGUGCCGCACGCCGACUCGGCUUUGGCAAGUACCGCUACUGGAAGGGCACCGACCUCGAAGGCAACCAGUUCUUCGAGCGGCCGCACCCCGAGUACCCUCACGAGUGGCGCAAGAACAAGCGCUACAUCGAGUAUGCCGAGACCAGGCCCCUGAGCGACUACAACUACCAGACCAUCCCCGUCCAAUGGUCCUCCUGGCUCCGCCGCACACGCCGCGAGCCUCCAAGCUUCGAAGAGCUCGAGACGGACCUGCGCCGCCAGCUGCGCCUGCGCGACAACGUCGCCCGCCUCGAGGCCGCCUACGCCGACGAGAAGCUGCGCCUCGGGGCCGCGCAGGAGGGGGCGCGGCUCGCGGCGCCGCAGAGGCCAGUGAGGGGCGAGGGAGCGGCGGUGGCGUCGGCGGCGGCGAGGGACACGGCGACAGUCGCAGGGCACGAGGUGGACGGUCUCCCGCUCGAGGACGGCGGCGUCGAUGCCCCGGCCGGGCGGCGCGCGUCGCGCAUCGCGCGCCAGCUCGACGGCGUGCAGCACCCUGCGCCGACGCCGGCGUCAGCGGCGGCGCGAGCGGGCGGGGUGGCGAGCGCCGAGGGCCUCCCGCUGAGGGACGGCGGCGUCGAUCUCGAGGCGGGCAAGCGCGCGCCCGUCGUCGCGAGGGAGCUGCGCGAGGGCGCCGAGCGUGUCGAGCCGAGUGCCGGUGCAGCCGUGGCGGGGCAGGAGGGACAGCUGAGCGCCGAGGAGCUGGCCAAGCGGAGGAGGGACGAGGACCAUGCGGCGGCGCUCCGUCGGCGCGAGGAAUUCGCCAAGCAGAACCCGGCGCCGCUCAAGGGCAACCCGGGCGACUCGCGCGAGCCGCAAGGGUGGGCGCCGACUGCGCCGGCUCGUCGGCGGUAGUGCGCCAUACGGUCGAGCUGCAACCUUCUCGUUCCCCCA